GUUUGUGGUGUUCAGUAAUACAAGUUCUGUUGCGCCAUUGCUGGGAGCACAAUAUAAUAUAAGGUUACGGUCAUUUCGAUUCUAUGAGGUAAAGAGGUUGCACAUUCUCGUUGUUGUAAUCUUGCUUUAUAUAUUAUUUCGUUACACAGGAGUUAACAGUUAGGCAGCUGCGUCAAGUGAAAGUAAGCCAAAGUAUUGUAGUCGCUAUAUAGUUCAAUUUUCAACUGCUUUGCAACUUCUAUAAAAGGUAGAACUUUCACAGAGAGUAAUUUAUGAAGCAUACUUGUACAACUAAAUGCUUUCUACCGAGAAUGUGUCUCCAUCGCUUCAGCGAUCCAGCGUCUUUAAUUCUUGGACGAGCAAAUCUCCCAUCGACUUUUCUAUAUCGGAGCCUUCCUUUAAUUUUAAUGGACUCAGCCAUCCGGAAGUUGGAAUAUCGGACUACUGUAAAUCCGAACACGAUGCUCUACGGUCUCACUUGGCAGAAAUUUCCCAAACGUUGAAUAAUUUGAAAAACUCCAAUGACGUCAGUCCCGAGAUUCGAAAGCUAGAAGUUAGGUUAAAAGCGAUUCAGAGAAUGACGGCUCAACAAACGGAUCGAAGUCUUGCAUUGAAGAAAGAGGUGGGCGACAAUGAUGCUGCUAACAAGAGAGCAAACACCGACUUGACUCAGAAAGUUGAGGAAAUUGCUCGAGAAAUUGCUCAAAUUAAAGAAAAACAAAACGAACUGGAAAGGAAUAUUGAAUCCACAAGUGGCAGCAGAGAGCAAAUGGCACCAGAAAAUUUGUCGCAAAUGGUGGAUGCUUUUGAGCGUCAGCUUGGUAUGUAUGACGUCAGAAUCGCCGAUAUGGAUCAGCGGUUUCAGGUCAUUGAAACUACAAGUUACUCAGGCGUCGUCAUUUGGAAAAUACGGGAUUUUUCUCGUCGCAAGAGGGAGGCAGUGAGCGGUCGAACGUUGUCUCUAUACAGUCAACCAUUUUACACGAGUCGUUAUGGAUACAAGAUGUGCGCUCGCGUUUAUCUCAAUGGAGAUGGAAUGGGCAAAGGAACACACAUGUCGCUUUUUUUCGUGGUCAUGAAAGGAGAAUACGACGCACUGCUACCCUGGCCGUUCAGACAGAAGGUAACACUGAUGCUACUGGACCAAGGAAUGGACCGACGUCAUUUGUCCGACACAUUCAGACCGGAUCCUACGUCAUCAUCGUUCAAGAAACCAACUUCCGAUAUGAACAUCGCUUCUGGAUGUCCAUUGUUCGUAGCCCACAACGUCAUAGAAGACAGUUCUUACGUCAAAGAAGACACAAUUUUCUUACGUAUUCACGUGGAUACGUCGGACCUCGAAAAUUUUUAACA